AUGUGGGCCUUCCUGGUGAGACCUGAGUGCAUCCUGUGCCUUUCUUCAGCCUUGUCAGUGAUGGCUCAGCUCAGAGACAACCUCCCGCCUAGGAUUAAUCAAACUCACCUGACCCCCUCAAAUUUGAAGAAACGCACUGGGGGACUGAAAAUUAAUGGUUCAAACUUCACGCUAGAGGGCUUUCCAUUCCUGAUUGUAGCAGGCACUAUACACUACUUCCGGGUGCCCAGGGAGUACUGGAAGGACCGCCUGCUGAAAUUGAAGGCUGGUGGCUUCAACACCGUCACCACGCAUGUUCCCUGGAAUCUUCAUGAGCCAAUGAAAGGACAAUUUUAUUUCACUAGAAACUUGGAUAUAAGAAUCUUUAUAACCACAGCUUCACAGGUGGGGCUGUGGGUUAUUCUGUGUCCAGGCCCUUACAUCGGUGGAGACCUAGACCUUGGAGGCUUGCCCAGCUGGUUGCUCCGGAAUUCAAGAAUGAAGCUGAGAACAACUUACAGGGGCUUCACUAAAGCAGUAAAUCUCUAUUUUAAUAAACUGAUUCCCAAGAUCGCAUCCCUACAGUACCACAAAGGAGGCCCCAUCAUUGCUGUGCAGUUGGAGAAUGAAUAUGGUUCAUAUUAUAAGGAUAAGAGAUACAUGCAAUAUAUUAAAAAGGCCCUGGUGAAAAGAAAUAUCAAGGUGCUGCUUUUAACUGCUGACAAUGGGCAAGAAGUAACAAAAGGCCACUUACAAAAUGUGCUUGCCACUCUUCAUAUGAAGGAUAUCUACAAAGAAACGUAUCAAAAGCUGUUUUUGUUUCAGGGUCUUAGUCCUAUAUUGAUGACAGUAUAUACAGCACAGUCUUUUGACACGUGGGGCCAUAUCCGCAAUACUCUUGAUAUGCAUGUGUUAUUGAAAGAUGUGCGAGAAAUGUUCACGCUUAGGUACUCCCUCAACUUCUAUAUGUUCCAUGGUGGCACGAACUUUGGCUUCAUGGGUGGAGCUAUGUUUGCAAACAAAUAUGACCCCAUGGUCACCAGCUAUGACUAUGGGGCACUGCUGACAGAAGCUGGAGACUACACACCUGAGUACCUCACAUUUCAAGAAUAUUUUAGCUCUGUUUUAGUGGUUCCUGCACACCCCCAACUAGAAUAUGAACCUAAGGCUGCAUAUAAAUCAGUGAUACCAUCACACUACUUGCCACUGUGGGAUAUCCUGCCCUACCUGGAGAAGCCAACCCAGUCUGUCAAGCCAAUCUGCAUGGAAGAGAUGCCUGUGAACCACGGUAGUGGACAGUCUGUAGGGUACAUACUUUAUGAGAUUCCCAUCUCCACUGGAGGAAUCCUCACAUCAAGGGAUAGUGUUCAAGAUCGGGCUCAGGUGUUUUUGAAUGAAAAGUACAUAGGAGUCCUAGAUCAUUCCAUUAAUCAACUGACCAUUCCUUCACAAAUCAGCUAUAGGAACUACUGGACUCUAAGUAUCCUGGUGGAGAAUCAAGGCCGGAUCACCAAUGGGCAGAAUAUCAAUAAAGAAAGAAAAGGUUUAACUGGGAACAUCUAUCUUAAUAAUUCCCCACUAAGAGGAUUUAAGAUCUUCAGCCUGGAGAUGAAGCCUAAAUUCAUACAAAGGGAAAUUCCUAACAUAUGGAAACCAGUCCCAACUCAAGCUUUGGGCCCUGCCUUCUUCCUUGGUUUCCUGAGAAUCGGUCACACUCCCAGAGACACCUUCAUAAAACUGGAGGGCUGGACAAAAGGAGUAAUUUUCAUCAAUGGACAAAACCUAGGACGCUACUGGAAGUUAGGUCCCCAGGAAACUUUUUAUCUUCCUGGACCUUGGCUUCAUCCAGGAAAAAACGAGAUCAUCGUGUUUGAGGAAUCAAAAGCUGGCCCUAACAUCAAGUUCACAGACAUAUCUCAACUAGGUUUCUAUGUUCUCAUGGAGAUUGCAGAGGAAGAGGGAGACUCGGUCAUGAUGUUUCUGGGAUGA